UAUUACUAUAAGUAUUACUACUAUUACUACUAAUAAAACUAUUACUAAAAAUAAUACUAAUAUAUAUACUCCUACUACUACUACUACCACUACUACUACUACUACUACUACUACUACUACUACUAAUAUUACUACUAGUACUAGAAAUGCUACUAGUGCUAUUACUAGUACUACUACUAAUACUAGGACUACUACUCCUAAAAAUACUACUACCUUAAAUGUUACUGCUUGUACUACUAGAAAUCCUACUACUACUACUACUACUACUACUACUACUACUACUACUACUACUACUACUACUACUACUACUACUACUACUACUACUACUACUACUACUACUACUACUACCACUACUACUACUACUACUACUACUACUACUACUACUACUACCAGAAUUUAUAUUACUACUACUUGUACUACAACAACAAGUACAAGUACUAAUAAUAGAAAUACUAAUCUUAUUACUAGUGCUACUAGUACGACCACGACUACUAAUAAUACUGCUACAAAUACUGGUAAAACUACUACUAAUAAUAAUACUACAAUCACUACUGGAAAUACUACAAAUACUACUACUACAAUAUAA